UAACAUGGUUUUUGUUCCAAUCUGUGGUGUUGACAAUCAUAGAAAGUGUGUAACUUUUGGUGCUGGUCUACUUUCAAAAGAAGAUAUAGCUCAUUACAAAUGGAUUUUUCAAGCUUUACUAAAUUGUAUGGGGCGACAUCCAUUAUGCAUAUUGACUGAUCAAUGUGCUGCAAUGAAACAAGCAAUUGCUGAUGUGUUUGAUAAAGAAAAGACAAGGCAUCGUCUUUGUAUGUGGCACAUCAUGAAAAAAUUUCCAUCCAAGGUUGGUGUGGUAUUGGCAAUGGAUGGUGGAUUUUUAUCAAAGCUUAAACCUUUUGUAUGGGGUGAAAAUUUGGAUAUAUCUGAGUUUGAAGCUGGUUGGAAAUCUUUGAUGGAUGAGUUUAAGAUGACUGACAAUGAGUGGUUGUGUGAUAUGUAUGAAUGCCGACAUUUAUGGAUUCCAGCAUAUUUCAAAGAAGAUCCUUUAUUAGGAAUAUUACGGACAACAUCUUGGUCAGAAAGUGCAAAUUCAUUUUUUAGUCAUUAUCAUCAACCUGGUGAUACUCUAUCUCAGUUUUAUCUACGUUUUGAGACUGCAAUGGAUAAGCAACGUAAUAUCAAUUCAGACUUGAAUCAUAAGUCUAAUGUUGCGUUCCCAAGUACUGAUACAGAACUAUUUUUGGAGAAGGAUGCUGCAGAGUUAUACACACGUGAAAUAUUUUAUAAAUUCCAGAAACAAGUACGAGAUGCUUGUUUCCAUUUGGUAAUAAAGGAUAUGAGUGGUGUUGAAGUAAAGAAGUUUGUUUUACAUGAUCUUAAAGCUGCUAAAGAAUUUCAGGUUUUGCACAUUUUGGAAAAUCAUAAACUUGAGUGUUCUUGUAGGAUGUUUGAAAGAAUUGGUUUGCCAUGCAGUCAUUUGAUUCUUGCAUUAAAACAAGUUCCUGUGCACAAGCUUCCAAGGCAUCUUGUUCUGAAUAGAUGGAUGAAAAAUGCUGAGAAAAAUGCAACAAGAUUUGUUUCAAGCACAUCAAGUGAUGAUAAAGAGAAAUUUAGUGUUAUUGUGAAUGAUAUUUGGUUUGAUUUCAAUUCGUGUAUGGGGUUGGCUGGUGACAAUAAAGAAGCACUUGAUUUGAUUCAAAGUUGUCUAAAAGAUGUAAAACAGAAGUUACGUGGUUGGAAAUUUGAAGGGAAGCUAGUUGUGGGAAACAAGAAAGAUGUUGUUGAAAAGUUUAUUGGAUCAGAGAUUCCAGUUAACAUUGAAGUCAAGCCUCCAAAUCAAUGUCGGAACAAAGGGUGUGUAACAAAGAGAAUUAAGAGUGCUGCUGAAAAAUCAACUAUACUUUCUGGUAAACUAAAGAGGAUUUGCAGGUAUUGCAAGACAGAAGUUUAUCAUGACUUUAGGAAUUGUCCUGUAAGAAAAAUGCAAAAUUUGGAUGAGAAUUCUGUUGGGAAGAAGAAACAAAAACAAAGUACAGACAACAGUGAAAGUGGCAUGGGUGACAAUUUUGAACUCUAGUUUUUGUAUAGUUGAAUAUUUGUUAUUUUGAAGUUUUGUUUUGUUGAAUUCUUAUAUAAAUAAUGUUGAACACAUAUACUUUCAUUCUUGAAUUUCUAUAUAAAUAAUGUUGAACACAUA